CACCUCCAAGAUGUGCCGUGGUACCGCUAAAACACGACGUGUCAACACAGGCUUAUUACUACAGAGAAGAGAAGAAAAACAAAGCCGUCCAAGUCUGGCCAAUCCGGAAGAAUGUCGGAGUCAAUACUUCCUUUACGGAGGACAUACCACGGAAGGAAGUGAACCGUUUACACUCUGUUGCGGUGUACAUGGCCAGGAAGUACGUGGUCUAUGAAGACUGCCUCCUUCCAUUGUUCAAGACUUGUCCRGUCUGUCGAGGCUCCUGCAGCAUCGACAAGUUCAUCCAAGAYACCCUGCUCACCGUCAACCAGUUCUGCAACCACUGUGACCACCGGAGCCAAUGGAAGAGCCAGCCCUUUAACCUCCCAGCUAGAUACCUGUCCUCUUCAGCAGCUSCAACAUCGACUGGCACAACGGAUGCUUCGAUUGGCAUAACAACUGGCACCACUACUGGCACAUCCACUGACGCUCUGACUGACUCCUCAACUUGCACCUUCAAUUCUCAGACCCUGAAGACAGCGGAGGACGGUGAUCUUCUGUUGGAGAAUUACGAUGGCGAUAUUUGCAACAAGGGUCUGGAGGACGUUCAGACCCUGGUGUUUGAGACAACCUUCUGUAUGCAUGACGACGUCAAAGCCACGAAGAAGAUAUGUCAACGUCAGUCCUUGGAGGAGGAGACUGAGGAGGAGGAGGAGACUGAGGAGGAGGAGGAGACUGAGGAGGAGGAGGAGACUGAGGAGGAGGGCUCCGAUGUGGAGUGGCAACCUGAGGUUGAGUUAAGUGCUCUUCUAGCCUCAGAUUCCGAAUGGGAUUCCCGAGCGCUCUGCCCGGAUUGUGGCACGUUUAUCAAAGGCUCCAAGGCUCACGUCUGCGAGCAUGCCAAGCCGUUUGUCUGCCAGGACUGUGGCAAGCGGUUUGUUAACGAGACCUCUCUCAACAUUCACCGAAGAAUCCACAAGCCAGGCUACGUGCACGGGUGCAAGUACUGCCUCAAGCCAUUCCAGAGCAGGCCRGAGAAGCUGAGGCACGAGGAGUGUCACCCGAGUGUAGAAAAGCCCUACGAAUGCCCCGACUGCCCCAUACGAUUCAGCGACAUUAAAGCCCGGGACGGCCACCUUCAAAGCCACAGAGGGCCCACAUGGUACAUUUGCGACAUCUGCAAAAUGGAGUUUACAAGGAGUAGCUACCUGGAAAGACACAUGCUAGUCCACAGCGGGGAGAAGCCCUACACAUGCCCAGAGUGCCAGCACUCCUUCAACCAGGCGAGCCACCUCAAGUCUCACAUGCGCCUUCAYACGGGCGAGAGGCCGUACAAGUGCCAGCAUUGUGACAGGUACUUCAACCACAACGUGAGUCUGAAAAGCCACGUCCAGCGCUACCAUCCGGACCCUGCCCCUGGGACCAAGGAGAAGAAACGGGAGCCAGUCUCAAACUCAGACACUCUGACUGAACAACAGCUAGUGACCGAGGAGAGUCGAAAGACAAAUGCAGGGUCUGGGCAGGAAAGAGUGAAGAGGGUAGGGAGGAAGAGGAAACGCCUGACCUUUGACCCUGAGGAGUUGGGGGAGAGUGAGCGCAACAGUGACUCAGACUUCAACCCAGGGGCAGAAGAGGGCGGUAGCAACAAGAAGACUACAGGCAGACCAAUAGGCAGGCCGAGAAUGAGACCAGGGACCACCAGAGAGAUGUAUACGGGAAGUGUGACUAAAGAGCAUGAUGGAUCCAACCUGAAUGAACAGUGGGAGGAGGACAGGGGGACCAAAAGGAAGGGGGAGAGGGAGACCAAGAACCAUUGAAGAGAUGCAUGAGGGAACUGCUWGCAAAGAGCUUGAUGAAUCAAACCUGAAUGAACAAGUGCCAUCAAUAGACGGCUCUUUCUGAACUUUUAGAGAGUUGUUGGCCAAUUCAAAAUGUAGAUGAGGCUUGACCCGAUGCUAAAUUAACUGUUAGUUAUUGAGGAUUUGUCUGUUCCCCCCCCCUAUAUUUUUUUACACGUUGAAGAAAAAUACUGAUGAUUUGACAGAAAUGUCCAUAAGGUUCAAGAUUCUACUCUAAAGCAGGGUCAACAAGGAAACUGUCAACACGUCCCAAGUUGUACCCCAUUCCCUAUACAGCACACUACUUUUGAACGGCCUACAUUGCAUUGAUUUCAGACACCGUUGCGUUGAGCCAUGGCCAUAAGCCUACCACCUGAUUCCUKAUGUUCAACAUUUUGUGUUUUAGCRAACCUGAUGAGUUGCUGUCUACAUUAUGAUCAGUUAAGAAGAAAAGUGACAGACAAUGCGAAGUGCCUCCUAUACUUGUCGUUGAUAAGCGGUUAUCUUGGAUUGUAAUUCCUAUCUUUUGCAGACAAGAUUGUAAUAAACGUCAUUAUAAACCGGGUGAUUCGAGCCCUGAAUGCUGA